UCGACCAAUCAGCUUCGUCGAUGUUACAGAGUGUUAUGACGUAGGACGCAUGUGUGACAUUUGCUGCAAGAAGCUAAGUGAGCGAACAGCUAGACUGAAGAAGAUGAACCGGAGAGAGAAAUAGAAAAUACUUUGUGUUUUAAUAACUGAGCUGACGUUACGGUCAGGCUUUGCUCUCGUACACAUUAGAGGGGAGAGUUUAUAUCAAAUGUGGUGUUAGAAAAACUUUUUGUCUGCUAAGUAGUUGUCUGACGUUUUAUCUGAACUUGUAAUAAGUUAAACUGAAUGUACGGAGUUCUGGUCGAGGUCGACUUGUUUUGUUUUUCUGAAAAACUGAUAUAAAUCAGAAAACUGCAGUCAGUUAGCCGUUUUUAUUGCACUAUAGGUGGAUGCCUUAAGCUGGCUUGACUCUGCGUUUUGCACACAAGGUUAAAAUUAGCUUUAGCCAUCUGACUCUUUGCAGCUGUAUCACUUUCUUAUGCUGACUUGUCUAGACAGGUGUGCUGAAUGUAGGCCAGGUGUGAUGUGAGCUAGUUAGGACACACUGUCUGUAACUUUAUCACACUACCGGCAGAGUAUAGUACCAAGUCCUAAAGUCUACUUCAGGGAUUUUUUUGUUAUUUUAGUCGAGUCUAAAGUGGGAUCAUGCUGCUCUCCUUGGUUGUGCACACAUACUCGCUGAGGUACUGGUUUCCAGCCACGAUCAUGCUGGGGACAGCUCCAGUUUACCUGCUGGUAUGGGGGGUUUGGCGCUUGCUUUCAACUGCCUUACCAGCUAGAGUCUAUCACACGUUGGAUGACCGACUAUACUGCAUCUACCAGAGUAUGGUCCUCUUCUUCUUUGAACAUUACACAGGAGUUGAGGUUGUUAUAUAUGGGGAUAUACCAAAGAACAAAGAGAACGUGGUCUACCUGUCUAACCAUCAGUCUACAGUUGACUGGAUCAUUGCUGACAUGCUCGCCAUCAGGCAGAGUGCUCUCGGUCAUGUCAGAUACGUCCUUAAAGAUGGACUCAAGUGGCUCCCACUUUACGGAUGGUAUUUCUCUCAGCAUGGAGGAAUGUAUGUGAAACGAAGUGCAAAGUUUAACGAAACAGCAAUGAAGAAGAAGCUUCUCGCUCAGACUGGAGCACCGAUGUACCUUGUCAUCUUCCCAGAGGGAACUCGGUAUAAUCCAGAGCUCAAGAAUGUUAUGGCUGACAGUCGGGCUUUUGCUGCAAAAGAAGGACUUGCUGUUCUGAAGCACACGCUUACACCAAGAAUGAAAGCAUCACACAUAGCAAUCGAGACCAUGAAGGGCCACCUGGACGCUGUGUAUGACAUCACUGUAGCUUACGAGGGAACGCUGGACACCUCCGGUCAAAGAAGAAAUGCACCAUCAAUGCCAGAAUUCCUGUGCAAAGAAUGUCCCCGAGUCCACAUACACUUCGACCGUGUGGACAUAAAGGAAAUUCCUCCAGAGCCAGCAGUUUUCCGCAAGUGGCUACAUGGUCGGUUUGAAAUCAAGGACCGGCUGCUGACGGAUUUCUACGAGUCAGAGGAUGCAGACAAAAUAUGCAGGUUCCCCGGUGAAGGCAAACGCUCUCCGCUGAACCUCUCCAAAACCCUCCCAUCAAUGAUGAUCUUGGGGGGACUGACACUGCCGUUACUGCUGACAGAGAAUGGCAGGAGGCUGUACCUGAACACCUGGGUGUACGGGACACUGCUGGGCUGGCUGUGGGUGAAUGUCUUUCCUUAACGAAUAGGCUGAGAUGCACAAAAGACAAAGAGGCAGUGCCGUUUUCCUGUAUUACAACAAUAAGGUGUGUUCUAGAUGCAAAGCAGUAUCUGAGAAGAGGCUCAGAGGUUGAUGCCCUUUCUGGCUCACUGCUGACCUUAAGCUGAAAGGUGAACAGGGGCACAGAGAAAUGUUAAUCCUUGUGUGCUACAUGUCCCUUGCCUUAUUUGGAGUUGCAGCCUGAAAUUAUGCAAAAAAGAGUGGAUUUUUUGAAAAGUGUUAGUUUUCUUAAAAAUAAAACUACCCCUCGAUCUAUCUAUGAAAUAAAAACGGCUACGUUUCUAUAAA